CGCGGUCGUGCCGCACACCAAUCACGUUGUCAGCACGUUGGCCAGUUGGCUUCGAACUCGCGAACCCAGACUGUAUCGCGUUGCUCGUGCAUUUUUCCCGUUCCGAAAUAUUUCGAUUCCGAAUGUUAUUGCGAAGACGAAAUUAAAUUAUGACAAUGAUAAACUGACGACUUACGAAACCGAAUGCAAAUAUUGUCAUCUCGCAGUGACGAUAAUAAAAUGAUUAUAAACGUCUGUAGGUAAUUCGUUUUUACGAAACAGAAUCGAUCAAUUUGAAUCAGUCAUGAUUUCGAAUUCCAUCAAAUCACUAGUAUUUCAUUUUGGUCUGGUAUUGGCGUUCGGAAAUUGGGGCGUGCAGGCCAGUUGGGACGAAUGGUGGACGUACGACGGCAUAUCAGGGCCGAAAUAUUGGGGCGUUUUGAACCCUCUGUGGAAGUUAUGCUCGAUUGGCAAACGACAGUCUCCGAUCGACAUCGAUCCGGAUAAGCUGCUGUUCGAUCCGUUUUUAAAAAAUCUUCAUAUUGACAAGGACAAAGUCAGCGGUACGAUUGAAAACACCGGGCAAUCUUUAGUCUUCAGAGUAGAUAAAGACUCGAAGUACGUUUUGAAUAUUACCGAGGGUCCUUUAACUUACCGUUACCAAUUUCAAGAAUUCUACAUACAUUUCGGCACCGAUAAUAAUCUUGGGUCCGAACAUAAAAUUCAGGGUUACUCGUUUCCAGCUGAAAUUCAGUUAUACGGUUACAAUACUGAUCUUUAUUCAAAUAUGUCGGAAGCGCAAAUGAAAUCCCAAGGAAUCGUUGGUGUAUCACUCAUGGUUCAAAUUGGACAAACGACAAAUUCAGAAUUCCAAAUGGUCACCAAUGAAUUCAGUAAACUUCUAUAUAAAGGUUCUUUGCGCACGAUAAAGGACAUAUCCAUCAGGGAGAUGCUUCCGGACAUCAAAUACUACAUGACGUACGAAGGAUCGACUACUCACCCCGGUUGCUGGGAGACGACCGUAUGGAUAGUGCUGAACAAACCCAUUUACAUAACCAGACGCGAGAUGUAUCAUCUGAGAAAACUGUCUCAAGGUUCGGUGGAACACCCGAAAGCUCCUUUAGGAAACAACUCGAGACCGACACAAGACCUCCGUGAACGGACUGUCAGGACGAAUAUCAAUUUCGCGCAGAGAACAGAAUCUGAUCCACAGGGUAAGACUUGCAAGUUGAACAUGCACAAAAAUAUGUACUACAAAGCUAACGAUUGGACAUCGGAUUCUUUGUACCAGAUAUAAUAACAGUGCGGUGAACACAACAACUUACUGCUAGAUAUGGACGUGAUGACGAUGACGACAACGCGCCUAAAAUUGUUUAAGCAAUAAAAUGUUUUGUAGCUCGCAACGGCCUUAAAGUUAUAACCGAGCACAUUUCGUUGAUUUGCGCAUUUUAGAUAUUAUACAAUUUUGUUAGUAAUAUUAAAAUUAAAAUAAUAAUAAUAAUAAUAAUAACGAUAACGAUAAUUAUUACAAUAAUUUACAUGGGUGGGGGGAGGAAUAAACGAUAAAUCAAUCACGCAUAUUCGCCCCAGUAAAAACUAUUGUUGUACGCAUAAAAACGUCAAUAAUCGUUAGUGAUGGACACGCGCGGUUCAAACGCAUCGAACGACCAUUGUAGAAAGUUUAAGCAUAAAUCGCUGGACAAAUAAUUUAUUCAGCAUGGGUUUUUCACAUUACGAUGAUACACUCACACGCAUUAUCUUGACGUGUUUGUCAUUCACACGAUAUGCAUUUAGUCGUUAUUGUCUGCCCAUUCAAUCGAGUGUAUUGUUUUUGUUCAUUUUUGCACGGGGGAAAAAUCCACAUUCAACAAUACGAUAACAAUUGAUUUGGUUUUGUUUAAGUUCGUGCAUCGAGUGGGCUCGAUGUGCUCGGCUGAAGAGAAUUGAUUUUUGGAUCGAUCUAUCGGCCGUUCGGCGUUAUAAAAGCGAUCUAUAUUGCCAUACCAUGUGGAGAUCGCGAACGGUAGAUAAUAAUAUGUCUAAUAGAACGUGCGUAAAUGGUACGUUUAGAGUGGUGGGCUUAAACGCGUGUACACUGCAUCGCAAUCAUCAUACACUCUUUGACUGUUUACGUGCAUCGUUAUAAUAAUUAUUAUUAAUAGCGUAUGGUUAUUUUUUUUAACAAGCAAGCGGUACAACUCAAUAAUUAAACAACUUAAAAAAAAAACUUAAAUAAUUAACAACUUAAUAAUUAUUAACAAAUAAACUUAUCCCUUUGCCGACCAACGAGACUUUUAAAUAGAAUGUUUGAGUAAAAUAAUAAACCAAAGUACAAUUCAAUUGGUCAGAACUUAUGAUAAAAUGAUAACCUUUACGUGAUGCGAUGACUUUCUAUAGGAGCACAUCAAAUAAUCUCGGUCAGGUUAGAACUGCGUUCGAAACCCUGUAGAUGCCAUUAAUAAGUUUAUUGAAACACUUUUUUACUAUACAUUUCAUUGUUUGAAAUUAGUGGCACAGUAACAAUAAUGAUAUUGUUACUUGUGUAUGACUUAGAGAGCGGGUUAGGUUAUUCUUCAAUCCGAUUUGCGCGAUUAAUAUCCGUAGUCAGUAUAAUAUUGAACAAAUAUAUCAAACGCACCUCCUGCAUUUAGUAUAGUGCAUAGUGUGCUGUAGGCACCUAUAUAUCGUACACCCGUGUUGAUGUCCGAAAGACAAUGACUUACCUACUAAUAUUAUAAUAUGAUAAAAAGUAAAAAUCGUACAUACAUAUUAAUAAACUCUUGUUUCACGUUACACGAACGAACAUUAAUAAUUAAAAAUAUAUAUAUAUAUAAUCAACUACAUAUAACAUCUUACAUCUAACUACAUGUGGUACGAUUUGAAAUGAAAUAAUGUUUUCCCGAAAAUUCCGAAAAAUAUGCACCGAUCGGUUCGAUCGGAUGGACGGUUCGUCCAUUUGUCACUGUUAAACGGAGUAUCAGCGUACUACGAACAUUUUUUAAAUCAUUCUAUACACUGUACUGAUUGGCCACAACCUAACCUAACCUAUUCACUGUACUUUGCUUUCACCGGAGUCAUUGGAAGAAAAUCUUCAAAUCAAAUUACUUUAACGAUAUUGAGUCUGGUCAUCAAGAUUCACGGGCUUAACGAACGUCGAAAACAAAUUUCUCUAUGUUCUCGAUUUUAAGAAUUUUUCAAAAGCAAUUUCAUCUAAAUAGUUUUUAGUCAGUGGCGUCUACUACACCUGUUUGCAUAUAGAAAUAAAUCUCGGAUAUCCACGUGUAGUACGACCGAUCGAAUUAUGUCAGGGAUGGCCAAUUUGCGGCUCGCGAGCCACAUGUGGCUCUUGUCAUUGUUAGAUGCGUCUGGCGCUUUAUCAAUUAAAAUUUACUUAUCAUAUUAUUAUUUUGAAUUUUAAAUUUAUAGGUUUAAAUUUAUAAAAUAUUA